AUAGUAAUACCGAGUCAAAUGAAGAACUUCCCUUUGAACCUUUUUUUUCGCUAACUAACUUCCCCUUAACUAAUUCCACUAGGCAUGCACCCCCAAAUUCUCCCCCAAUAACUCAAAAAAGGUCACCAAUUUCGAAACAACUUCUCCUUUUUAAACAAUCAAACUAGCCACAAUUCUCAUCUCAAUUUCACAAAUCACAAGUAAAGCAUAUACAACUACUCCCUUUUUUUCCAAGUCCAAAAAACAACAACAACAUUUUUUUCAUCAUGACUUCCUCUAAAGCUUUUCUCUACUUGGUCUUUUUCUCUUCUUUUCAUUUCUUCACUGCUUUUUCCACUGAAUUCACUGUUGGUGGUGACAAAGGAUGGGUCAUCCCUAAAGAUGAUCAACUAUACAAUGAGUGGGCUGGCAAAAAUAGGUUCAAGGUUAAUGACACCUUAACGUUUGAGUACAAAAAGGACUCGGUGUUGACAGUGACUCAAGAAGAGUACGAGAAGUGCAAGUCGGUGCAUCCGAUUUAUUUUUCGAACAAUGGAAAAUCCAUAUUCAAAUUGGAUCGACCCGGCUUGUUUUAUUUCAUUAGUGGAGUAUCGGGUCAUUGUGAAAGGGGCCUAAAAAUGAUUGUCAAAGUAUUGGAACCAGCAAGCCCACCUGAUCAAGUUGCAGACCAUAGUACUGGGCCUUCUACUAGUGGUGCAGCCCACUUGGCUAAAGUUGUUGCUUCUCCAAGUCAUGUUGUUGUGUUUGUGGUUUCAUUAUUUGGAGCUAUUUUUAUUUAGUUUAUAAAUCCUGGAAAAACAUUUGUUUUAGAAUUUAGGUUGAGGUUUAGGUAGUGUGAUGCUAGGUUAAGGGAGGUGGGGCUGGGGUAAUAGCUAGGUUUUUAGAACUUAGUAUCAUUAGUUGUUUGGAUCUUAAUUGCUACUUUGAUUUUUGGAAUAAUUCAUUUCUUACCUGACGUCAGUUUGCGUAAGAAUUACGUGCAGUUAUAAGAAUAUCAA